AUUUUCUACAUUUCCACCGAUUAUAAUCACAUUCUACCGAUUAUAAUCCUUUUCCACCGAUUAAACGUUGAUUUGAAGGAUGUUGUUGCGGCAGAGGUUAUCGCGGUGAGGGCAGCGGACCUGGAGACGGACGUGGCGAGGCUACAGUACGAUUUGAUAUCGUCGGAGAUGAUUGCCUCAGAGGAGGCGAGGGCGGAUGCUUCGGAAUUGAGGAAGGAUUUAGGGGAGAAGGAGUCGUUGGUUGAGUCUCUAGAGAAGGAGCUGACAGCUUUGAAGAAGGUGAAGGCAGAGGGUGCGGUUAGGGUUAGGGAUUUGGAGAGAAAGAUUGGAGUUCUGGAAACCAAGGAAAUUGAGGAAAGGAACAAGAGGAUUAGGUUUGAGGAGGAGAUGAGAGAUAGGGUUGAUGAAAAGGAGAAGGAGAUCAAUGGUUUCAAACAGAAGUUGGUGGAAUUGGAGAAGGUUACUGCUGAGAAAAAAUCUGAGUUGGAAGAAUUGGUUAAGCAAAAAUUGAAGUUGGAGGAGGCACUUAGAGAAUCUGAGGAGAAAGUAGCAGCUUUUGAGAGAGCA